AUGGUGGAGGAUAUCCCAAAAAACCAAAAAGCACCUGGUAAAGGUAAAUCAAAAAUCAUAUCUGUCGCCUCCUCGGCUGCUACUCUGAUACGCGAUGUGGUACCAACUAGUGCGAAUGCGGUUACUGACGGCUUAGCAUCCAUAGUUCAUGGAAAGUCAGGCUCGAAUAUGGUUUCAACUGUUACAAGACGAGAAUGGAAGGCGGGCAUGGGCGAACAUGUUGUCAGUGAGAGUCGGGCUGGAAUGACCCUAGAGAGCAGCAGUGAUGACAACAUGAGAGUUAAAAAUCAUCAAGCUGAAGACGAAUGGAAGAAUUGGCAUAAUGCUUCUCAGCCAGAUAUAGACAAUUUGAAUAUAGGCUAUUCUCAUGACACUUAUUCCUUCAAUCAUGAACAAGCGUACAUAGAUAGUACUUUCAACGAUGGGGCGGACGUUCUGAACUUUUUAAACAGCACGUCUUUCGUAACAGAAACAUACAAUCUAGCCAAUACAGAAAGAGAUUUGAUUUCUCGUCGAUCACGGAACGUUGGUUUUGUAGAUCCUUCUUCGUUAUCGAAACCAUAUAUUGAUCGACUAUUGGAGGCCCAAGAUAUCGUUGAAUACAUUGCUCAAACAACUUAUUCAGAUGAUAUUUAUGGUCUUCCUGAUUCUUUCAAAAAGCUAAUUGACGAUGCCAGGAACGAAAUUAUGGAUAAUACUGAGAUACAUCAGAGGACUGCAGUAGAAAGGUUGCGGAUGUUUAGAGAUCAUUUAAUCAAGAGGAGGGAAGAGAAAGGCGAUGGUAACUCGAGUUGGUUGGAUGAAUGGAAUCGAAUGGAAGAAUAG